UCCAUGUCACACACCUUUGUGUACACCAGACCCCUUUGCUCAUGACGGGAAAUCUCUGCUACAGUCUCAUCCAACAGUAACUGCAAACUACACAAGGAUAAUGUUGCCCUGUUUAAAUUUUGCUGUGGUCCUCUGUGUCCUUGUCCAAGUCUUCUGCAUCACCGCUGAUAUAGACACGAGUAGCUUCCUGAUUUUCAAUGAAGAUCACAACAAGUGCGUAAAGGUGGCGAGUGCCACCUUUAUAACAGUGGAUGCUUGUAAUCCUCAUGCCAAAGAUCAACAGUUCCGAUGGGUCUCUGAGUCUCGUCUCCUCAGUUUGUCCCUUAAGCUGUGUUUGGGUACAACAGCGAUAAAAGACUGGGUGAAGGUGCAGCUCGUGGAAUGUGAUGAGAGCAAUGACCUCCAGCAUUGGCAGUGUAAGAACGAUACCCUCUUUGGCCUAAAAGACCAGGACCUGCACUUAAACUGGGGCAACCGCAAUGAGAAAAGCGUCAUGAUCUACAAAGGUUCUGGGAUCUGGAGUCGCUGGAGGAUAUAUGGCACUCAGGGGGACCUCUGUUCAAAGGGAUAUCAAGAGAUAUUCACACUAGGAGGAAAUGCUUUUGGAACCGCUUGUCAGUUCCCUUUUAAGUUCCACGAGAAGUGGUACGCCGAAUGCACUAAAGACGGUCGUACGGAUGGACAGCUGUGGUGUGCCACAGAGAGAGAUUAUGAUAAAGUGGGAAAAUGGGGACUUUGUCCAACCAGAGCAUCCUCCAACUGGAUCACUGACCCAGUCACAGGGGUUCAGUAUCAGUUAAACGCACAGUCAGUGUUGACUUGGUAUCAGGCCAGGAAGAGCUGCCAGCAGCAGGGAGCCGACCUCCUCAGCAUCGUAGAGCUGCAUGAGCAGUCAUACAUUUCAGGGUUAGCAAAUCAUUUGGGCUCAUCUCUGUGGAUUGGGCUGAACAGCUUGGAUUUUGAUAGUGGAUGGCAGUGGAGCAACGGAAACCCUUUCAGAUAUUUAAACUGGGCCCCAGGUCAUCCAUCAUCAAACCCUGGUUAA